GGAUUUUCUGUAAUGGUAGGACCGUAAGUGUUCUGUAUAAUUUGGUCUCCCAACAAAUCAGUGAUUUGGAAUCAUUUCUUCCCUUCCGUUUCCUUUUGUUUAUGGAGAUUUACGCUUUCUUUCUCAUUUAUAGUCAACGCUUAUCUUUUUGCCCUUUAUGAUGGCACCCAUGCAUUUCAGAUGUUUUUAGCUAGUGAAUUCCCAUCCUGUUUCAUGGGCUGGAAUCAUUCCAUGUGCUUAUAUUGGCCAUCAAACUGAGUGGCGAGGGUUGUACUUGCAAAGAAUGACAAGUGACAAUGGAGGAGGGAGAUGCGAAGGUUAGGGUUCAGAAACCCAUAACGGGUCUCGGGAAGCUUCGGAGAUGGAGGGAUCCGAAUGUAGACUGCGAAACGCACCGUGUAGCAAACCCAAUGAAACGCACCGUAUCAUUUUCCGCAUGGAUCCCGUCAGUUUUUCGUGCGCAACUUCCUGCGCAAGUCCCCUGCAUCCAUCAUUUUCCUUUUUCGGUUUUCCUCUGUUUUGGUUUGACCGCAUAAUUGCUCAAAGGGGAAAAACAAGUUGUCAAGGGAAUCCGCGUUUCGUUGAGUCCUAAGAAAGAAACAACUGUUGUGGUUGUGAAGAAAACACCUCCUACUUCGUAACAGAUGCUACAAUUUCGUAGGUUCCUGCAAGGAAAGAAGGAAGGAAACACUCCAUCGUAUACGUAGGAAACUGCUUGUUCUCCCCUAAUAAAUACAGCAGAGCAGAGAUAGACAAUCCUCCACAAUCACAAUCCUCAACACACGUUUUCUCUAAAGUGGGUUGCGAUCCAAACACAUAAAAAAAAUAUAUUCCUUUUUGUAUGUUUAGAUACAAAGGACAGGCUGAGUUUGAAGAGCUCUGAAAAUUUUUUAGAGGAUAAGUAUAUAAUUUAUCCAGGGUUUUAAAUUGAGAAGAGAAAACGAAAACAAAAAAGGAAUCUCAUUUGGGCUUGAGAGAGAGAGACAGAUGGGGAACUGCUAUUCGGACGUGGAAGGAGGAAAGCAAGCCGUGGGUGGGGUCCAACAGAGCCCCACAGCUACCAACAACAAUGCCGGCCACAACGACGCCGUUGAGUUCUUCUACAGGUCUUGGGGUCUCCCUCAACACUUCACCCGAGUCGAGUUAUCCCUAUCAGCAAUUAACUUGCGAGAUCGUGACAUCAUUUCAAAGAGUGAUCCCAUGGCUGUGGUAUAUGCGAAGAAUAUAGAUGGAAAACUAGAGGAGUUAGGCCGCACUGAGGUUAUACUGAAUAGCUUGAAUCCCACGUGGAUAGAAAAAGUUAUAGUUGCAUUCCAGUUCGAGAUUGUACAGCCAUUGGUAUUUCAUGUAUAUGAUGUUGAUACCAAAUUUCACAAUAUACCUGUGAAGACACUGAAAUUGAAGGAUCAAGAUUUUCUUGGAGAGGCCACGUGUGUUCUAUCAGAGGUACUUACCAAACAAAAUCGGAGUUUAACCCUUAAUCUUUGUAGUAAAAUUGGGCAUGUGGGUUUGAGGAACUUAGGGAUACUCACCAUCCAUGCAGAGGAAACAGUUGCUUCAAGGAGGGUUGUUGAGAUGAUGCUCCAUUGUUCUUACUUGGAUAACAAGGACAUAUUUUCUAUAAGUGACCCUUUUCUAAGAAUAUCUAGAAUUGUGGAGAGUGGAGGCUCCAUUCCAAUAUGCAAGACUGAAGUAGUGAACAACAAUUUAAAUCCAAAAUGGAAACCCCUAUGCCUAAGUAUGCAGCAGUUUGGAAGUAAGGAUAACCCAUUGAUUAUCGAGUGCUUUGAUUUCAAUAGCAGUGGCAAACAUUCACUUAUUGGUAAACUUCAGAAGUCAGUGGCCGACCUGGAAAAACUUCAAGAAGGUAGAAGUGGUGAAAAUCUUACUAUAACAUCUCAUCAUGGUCACAAGAAGGUUUUGAAGGGGGAGCUCUUUGUGGAUCAAUUUUGUGAGAAGGAACAAUACAGCUUUCUUGAUUACGUUUCUUGUGGAUUUGAGCUUAACUUUAUGGUUGCAGUUGACUUUACAGCCUCAAAUGGAAAUCCUCAGAACCCAGAUUCUUUACACUACAUUGAUCCUUCCGGCCAGUUGAAUUCUUAUCAGAAGGCUAUAAUGGAGGUUGGGGAGGUCAUUCAAUUUUAUGAUUCUGAUAGGCGCUUUCCUGCUUGGGGCUUCGGUGGGAAAACAUUUGAUGGAACCAUCUCACAUUGCUUCAACCUGAAUGGAAGCGCAGGUAGCUUUGAGGUCGAAGGUGUUGAAGGCAUCAUGUCUGCUUAUGCAAGUGCUCUACAUAAUGUUACUCUGGCAGGACCAACGUUGUUUGGCCAAGUGAUUAAAAGAGCUGCUCAAAUUGCAAGCCAAUCCAUUUCAUACAACAACAAAAAGUACUUCGUCUUGCUCAUUAUUACGGAUGGAGUCCUUACAGACCUCCAAGAAACGAAAGACGCUUUGGUGAAGGCAUCUGAUCUUCCACUAUCAAUUCUUAUAGUGGGAGUGGGAGGUGCAGAUUUUGGACAGAUGGAGGUCCUUGAUGCUGAUAAAGGACAACGAUUAGAGAGCUCUACAGAUCGUGUUGCUACACGUGACAUUGUACAGUUUGUUCCAAUGCGAGAUGUUCAUGGUGGGCAGAUUUCUGUGGUCCAGGCGCUUUUGGAAGAGCUACCAGGACAGUUCUUGACGUACAUGCGGUGCAGAGAUAUCAAGCCACGCCCUCUCCAUGAAGCCCAAGUGUCUAGUACUUGAGUAUAAGUACCAACUCCACAAAAGGUCGAUAUAUAUCGACGACACACAUAGGUUGGAUAAGGGUUAAAUAAGGUAUGAUAUAUACCGCUGAUCAACAACAAUUGCCAAGGUUUUCUAAAGGCUAUCCCACCGAUAGCUUGAGCUGCCUGAAAGUACGUAUUGUUUCCUUUUUCCUUCGUGGGUGUGGGCAAGGAGUUACAAUUUUAAUGCCAAGAACGAAAUAGGAGGGUAUAUGAGAUUGUUCGAUGUCCCUCUCUCCCCCAUUGAAAGAAACCCCCACCGAGAACCUCUUCUUUUGCUCCAAUUUUUUUUUUUUAAUCCGCUCAAGCCAUUAUAAGCCAGAUACAUUGUAUUUCAUCUAUUCUACAAUCUCACUUGCACACCACCAAUGGAAGCGUGAAUUCUUCAUCAACCUCUUCCACCAUCCAAAAGAAGUCUUCCGCAUGUGCGUGGUUGUCAAAAGCCAUUUUCUGCACAUGUAACAAUCACCACAUGCAUGCCGCCCGUAUGGUAUUGAUUUUGGCCUUUUUUUAAAGCCACUCUCUUCUAGUUGGCCACUGGUUGGCUUACUAGCAUUUUUUUCCUUAUUUUCUUGAUUUUUCAGUCUUUUAUUUUAAGAAAUUUGAACUUCAAAUCUAGGCUUUAAUUGCAGCCAUGCAUGCACCACCCAAAUAUCUCCUCAUUCAGUUUACGACUCACUCUUCUGCUAUUUUGAUCAAUGCGCGUAUGAGCCAUAUGUGUCGUUGUCUGUACAUGCAUGGUCCUCAUGUACCGCCACACCACCACAAUGUACUCUCCCCUAUACGGCUCUACCUGAUCUAUACCUACAAUUCAUUUAACUUUUAUUUCAUUGUUUUUCUUCAACUAUGGGAUCAAACUAAUUAUCUGAUACCAAUUUUCGAGUCGUGUUUAUUUUCUUGUUUUAUCAGUUUUUUUAGGGUGAUUGAUGGGAUAUCCCAUCCCCUCAAGUUGUAUUCAUAUUUUCUUUACUAAUGUAAUAAUUUUGUCCCCAAAAAGGGGAGCAUAUAUUCAAAGAAACUGGUAAGUGUAUCAAUAUUAUUUGACUGUGAGCUUUUACACCAA